ACGACGAGGCACCAGCAGCGGCGGCAGCAGCAGCAGCAGCAGCAACAGCAGCAGCAGCGGCGACAGAGGAGAGACCACGAAGUCGCGUCGCCGAAACGCGUUCUGCUGACUGGAGUUUUCCGGGCCUCCUCCUCCUCCUCCUCCUUCUCCUACUACUACUACUCUUCUUUACAGCUCCAUCAAUUUUCCUCUCUCUUUCUUUCCCCUCUGCACUAUUUGAGCGCGGUCGACGGAGGCCCGAGGGCGUACGCGCGACGGAGAAGAUACAGAGGCUAGACGACGGUGAGACAACGGUGUGUCAAGGGAGGGAAAAUAUGCGAACCGAUCGGGUGGCAACGUUAGACCGUCGCUAGCACCUCGUAGAGGAGGAGGUGGGAGAGACCGACGUAUACGUGUGCGGUCAGAGGUGGUGCACGGAUAUCGUGUGUAGGCGGAUCGGUGGUGGAGGCGGUGGAAGAGGCGAACCACAGGUCGCCCGCCGCGCGCGGACACCGCAGUGUGCGAAUCCGCUCCGAUUGUCCGCUCCGAUUUGCCCGGGUGGAUACACGUCGUAGUCGACGGGCACGGUGAAGUGGUAGUAACCCUGACCUGACCCCCGCGCGCGCUACGCACCUCGGACUCGCGCUCGCGUUUUGUCAUCAGUAUCCCCGCGAGGCUCACGGUGUGUGCGCGUGCAACAAACACAUCGCCGAGCUCUCCUCCGUCCGCGUCGCGCGUUUCACGUAUGUAACGGGCUUAUUGACGAUCGAUCGAUCUCGCGAGCGCGACACCGAUACGCGUCGCGUAACAAUCGGUGAUCGGCGAGACGAGGAGUAGUACACGACUAUCGUUCCGCGAGUGCCCGCGAAGAAAUUCCAUGGAUUAUCAUCGUUCUCGUAUCAGUCCUCACUCAUCUCGAGGAAAUCUUGCGAGCUUAGUGUGACGGUCGUCGGCGAAAGACGCGAAUCCGUCAUUUUGUCGGGUUCAGGGUGGAAAAACAUAUCGUGUAUACGCUCUACACGCUCUUCCUUCCUCCCGUCCUCCACCUUCUCCUGCUCCUCCGUUUCUGCGAUACGAUCCGCGGAGCGACCUCGCAUCGUCGUGUGUGUGUAUGUGUGUGUGUGGUAGUGGGAAGCAAAAGGUAGUCGCGCGCGCUGCGUUGCGUAUUUGGGAGGAUUCCAAGUGGUCCAGCGGUGUGUUUCCGUCAGAGGAUCAAAAUUAUGUUCGCCAGGGGGUAGUUCUCGGACAAAACGUAUACGAGGACGGUGGUCGAGCGAGCGAACGAACGCGGGGGAGGUAGUCAAGAGUAGCUUCGUAACGAGCAGCGCUUCGCAUCGGAGCGCCGCGACGACGAUGACAACCCGCGUCGCCGAGUAAUCUUGGCUCUUCGACAACCAAGAGGAUGCCACGGGGACAGAGUCGCUGCCGAAUUGUACCGGGGCGACGUGACGUCAGCGGGAUCUAGAGAAGCGUUUCCGACGAGAAGCAUACGGUUUCGUGAUAAGAAAACGCGGAGACACGAGAGUGAGACUACGCACCGUGGACUCUCUUGAGGAAAAAUAGACCGAGGCGGUGAAAAUAGAAGGUGGAACAGAAUAGAAGAUAAGAAGUCGGACGAGGAAGAGAGAGAGAGAAAAAGGUGCGGAGAGCGAGAGUGCAGAGGGGCAGACAUACGACGAAGAGCAUCAUCGCGCGACGUGGCCUCUCGGUUUCCGGGGUCUCUCUCUCCGUGGGUGUUUUUACGCGUGCGGCCGUGGAUCGAUAGUUUGUCCCGCGAGCUCGUGCUGGACAGAAACGACGACGAGUCGCACUACGUGGAAGAGACCCGCGCGAUUCUCUCGCGUUCAACGACAACGACACCCUCGUGCCGCGAGUAACGGGACCCCUGGGAGACGAGUAGAGAAGAGGAGCGAGUUUCCGAGCGGGCCUAGCUGAAAGUGCUGCUUAACGCGACGGUUGGACGCAACGUUUCGCGGUGAUUUAUGGGGGACUACAGCACGACAAGUCUCUUUUCCAGUAUUCUGACCAGCUCGAAACCCAGCGCGACCACAAGCAACAGCGGCACUGGCAACAAUAGCAGCAAUAACAACAGCAGCAGCAGUGGUAACGCCAUCGGCAGCGCCGCCGUCACCGUAACAACAUCCACGAUGCAGGACGAUCUGCUGAUCGAGAAGCAAGCCACCGGCAAACCAGCUCCGCUCUCGCCGAGCAACGCUCUCGACGCAGUGGCCGGACAAGACAAAUCCAAGGACGCGAUCGAAGCGGAGAGUAUCGCCAUCACCCCGACGACGCCCUCGUCGACGGAUAAGGACAUUACGUGUAGCACGACCUCGGCCCUGCAGGGCUUCGCUGAUCCCAGCAGCCGCGUACCCAGCCUCUGGUCCGCGCCGGAUGACAGCGGCUUGCACGCCGCGUUACCUGUCAACGGCUCGAUCGCCGCCUUUCAGAACUUUCCGACUGGCGGGCCCGCGGGCCUGUUCGCCAGCACCGGUGCCGCUGCCGCCGCCGCUGCCGCGGUGUCGACCGGUACACGUCGCGCCAUCACAGCCAGCCACAAUUUUCCUCAACAACAACAGCAGCAGCAGCAUGGUAACGCGGGUGCACCCACGGGCGCCAGACACGGCGGUCUGCAAGUAUCGUCCGCCCAACAGCAGCAGCAACAACAACAACACCAACAACAGCAGCAACAGCAACCGCCGCCGACAUCGCAUCCGGGAGUCUACCUGCCUGGUAAAGGCUACGCCGCGUGGUCGGGCGGGCCGCAGGCGCCUCAGCAAUGGGGCGCGGGCCCGCAAGCGGCCGCGGUCGCCAGCCCGGGCCUGUCACCUUGGAAUCGCGGCAGAUCCGUGCCUAAUCUACCGCCACUGCACUCGUCCCUGCACGCUGCCGCGGCGGUGGCAGCCGGUCUGCAAGGCCGGAAGCCCAGUCCGACGUUUCCGGGCCAUCCGGGUCCGGCAGCAGCGCAUCCCUCUUGCAUCAGCCCGGUCAAGUUCCGUCGGAGCACCUCGUAUCCCGGCAAGGGCAACAUAUAUCCGCCUCAGCCGGCACCGACCUUCGAAGUCACCGCCGCCGAAGAGAGGGAUUUGCUGCAGCUGCCCCCGUUCCAGCAGGAUCGUAUGACGGCUAAUGGAAAUUCACCAUUAGACAACAUGAGGACCUUGGAACACUAUCUGAGCGAUAUUAUGCGAGCCAGCGCGGCGGAUACUCCGGAGCAUCUGAAAGGAUUCAUCAACUGCAAUACCGCCAACACUCUGCAGUCACUCGCGCAGUUACAUGGUGGUAAAUCCCCGUUCUUCCCGAGUCUCGAGGAGCAAAGUGGCACCUUGCUGGAAGAUCCGAACGCGCCGAGUCAGCUGGACGGCGUCGGUGUCGGAGUUGGCGUUGGAGUCGGCGUCGGCGUAGGCGGUGGCAUAACGGCAUCCCAAGCGGCGCCGCUCUCAUCGCCAAGUCGGAGCAGUCCUCACAGUCAGGGCAGCGAGACUGGCGAACGUUUCUCCAGGAAAGUCUUCGUCGGCGGGCUGCCACCUGACAUUGACGAAGAUGAAAUCACAGCCAGUUUUCGCCGCUUCGGUCCGCUGGUCGUGGACUGGCCACACAAGGCAGAGAGCAAAUCUUACUUUCCACCGAAGGGCUACGCGUUCCUGCUUUUCCAGGACGAGGGCUCGGUGCAGCAGUUGAUAGACGCCUGCAUUCAGGACGAGGACAAGCUCUACUUGUGCGUAAGUUCACCCACGAUUAAGGAUAAACCUGUGCAAAUCCGACCAUGGCGAUUGAGCGAUGCCGACUUUGUGUUGGACGCCUCCAUGCCGCUCGACCCGCGAAAGACGGUCUUCGUUGGCGGGGUGCCGCGGCCGCUCAAGGCCGUUGAGCUCGCCAUGAUCAUGGAUCGACUUUACGGCGGUGUCUGUUACGCUGGCAUCGACACCGAUCCUGAGCUCAAGUAUCCCAAAGGAGCCGGUCGGGUCGCCUUCAGUAAUCAGCAAAGCUACAUAGCUGCCAUCUCGGCCAGAUUCGUACAGCUGCAGCACGGCGACAUUGACAAAAGGGUCGAAGUCAAACCAUACGUUCUGGACGAUCAAAUGUGUGACGAAUGUCAAGGCCAGCGCUGCGGAGGCAAAUUCGCACCGUUUUUUUGCGCCAACGUCACCUGCCUACAGUACUAUUGCGAGCAUUGCUGGGCAACUAUCCACUCCCGCCCGGGUCGGGAGUUCCACAAGCCGCUGGUGAAGGAGGGCGCGGAUCGGCCUCGAGCCGUGCCUUUCCGCUGGUGUUAACCCCAGCUGCGUUGUCCCUAAUUAUCUCGCAGCCCUAGCUAAUUAACUACCACCUCUACCAAUAUUCCCCACCCUCCUCUCACGUGCCCCAACCAACCCUCACCUCCCCGCCUUUCCCCCUUCAUAUUAAUUACUUAUUUACCUACAACAAGAACACAGCCUCAAAACCGCUAUUAUUACUACGCUAUUACCACUCGAUCGUCACGUAUUACCACUACUCUACUACCACUAUUACUAUUACUACUAUUACUACUACUACUACUACCACAACUACUAUUCUACUACAAAUUACUACUACUAUUACUACUUCUCCACUGUGCUACUACUUCAAGUUAUACCGAUUAUACUGGAGGAAGAAACCAGCCGCUGCUGCCCGCCAGUCGAUGCAGGUUCUCGGCGUCGCUCCGUCCUUUGAUCUUACAUCUGUAAUGACAUGCUGACGUGAACGAUCGCAUCGGUGUCAUCGUCGGGUUAAACUUUGUCGGCUUUGGACAGUCGGAACAAAGAGUGAGAGAGAAUGAUCGGAACCACGCCGAGCCAAUAUCGUCGAGCCGGAAGAAGAAGAAGAGAGAUAUACGCCGAGACACAGGAUUCAGAAGGAAACGGACACGAAUUCUCAGUAUAUCAAUUAUUCGUACACAUAUAAUCCUAUCUGUCUGCGCUGUAAAAUGCACCGGUUCUGUCCGAGAGAUCGAGUAUCUUAGUUACCGUGAAUCUCUCGAGGAGCGAGCUAUAGCGAGCGAGAGGGCAGCCGCCGCCGCCCUCGAACCCCGCGUCAUCGACACCGAUCAUCGCUCAUUCUCCUCGAGUAUUUAUCGAAAUCGUGCCAGCAGCGUGAUUGCGAUUCGGAUCCGCCUCGCGCGUCUCGAUCCGCUACGAAUCUUCUCUUCCGGAUUCGAUUGCCGCAAAUCGAGAGAAAAACGAAGGAGUCUGUAUCGUCUACCUAGGUUAGUGGAAUUUCUGGUUUCCGAUCUAGGUGGACGUGGACGAAUAAUGUUUCGUCGAGUAAGACUCGUUUUCUCUGCGAAGAGUUCCGAACAAAAGUGAUCUCCGUGAUGAAUAUUCAUAAAAAUCGCGAAUAUCUUAGUUGACGCAAAAAUGUAUUGUCAGAAUGGACGAGUGAGAGAGAAAGGGAGUGCGAAAAGAGGAGAGAAAAAUGUGAAUGAUGCAUGCGAUGAGAGUGCGAUAGAGAGAGAGAGAGAGAGAGAGAGAGAGAGAGAGAGAGAGAGAGAGCGAGAGAAACAAGCGCGAGAUCGGAAACGUAUAAGUGACGAGCGGCGAUAGAAAACACGGAAGAGAAUGAUAAGAGAGAGGAUAGAGACGACAUCAAGAGAGGCGAAUCAUUCGCAUUGGAUGUUAAUCGAUAAUGAAAAAAGCCACGCUUCAAACCGCUGUGUAUUAGGUAAUUCUCUGUAUCUCACACACACACAGUCUCCUCUAGUUAUUAAGGACUUAUUAAAAAUAUGUUACAUAGGUGCGUUGUGUAAUACGUUUCUCGUGCGGAUAACGUAACCGCGCGCUCGUAGGGAGGCACUUAAGAAAAUGAUUUUUUACUAAUUAACUUAUUCAAGUGAGAGAGAGAGAGAGAGAGAGAAAGAGAGAAAGAGAGAAAUAGUAUAGAGGAAAACAAACGCGAAGAAGAAACAUAAAUGACGGGGAAACCGAGGGUUUAGGGGGAAGGAAAAAAAUAUGUCACUUAGACGACAGAAGAAGGGUUGUAAACAGAAACCGUUGAAACUGAUGUAGUUCAAUUUUUGAUGCGCGCGCGCGCGCGUGCUUCGGGUGUUGUCCGGGUCUGUCUAGCCUAGUCUAGCCGUAUCGGAUUCUCUGCCAAUAUUUUCCCAAAACCGGUGCGAGCGACUUUCAACGAUUCUCGAUGGGAAAUGAAACGAGCCUCGCGCGCGCGUCCGCUUGCAAAGAGAGUCGGAGGCAAACGGAAAAAGAAAUCGGCCCGCUAUUCGCUCGCGGAGAAAGAGGAACAAGACAGCGCGAGAGUGUAUAGGACAAAUUUUACAUCCUGACUUUACUACUUUACUUUAUGUGCAAUAAACGACCACUCUCUGCGCGAUAUUCACGAGAGACGAUUAGCGAGUAUUCACGAAACGCGUGCGCGAUUCUCCGACAACGUUCGAUAAUAAGUGGAACGUAUCGAAUAUCCACGUCUAUGAGCCCGUACGUUCCUCUUCCUCGGGAAACGAGCAGCGUACCGCGCGGAUCUUUUUUAAGAUGGAAGGGGGGAGGGGAUAUCGUUUCUCGAAACCAAAGUAGCGAUAUAAAAAUCGUGAUUCGCAUAAACGGAAAAUUAAAUCAGCGAUAUAUCUAGAAUGAUCGUACCUAAUUACUCUCUUCAUACGUCCGAUAGAUGAUUGGAAAGUGUCGCAUUUCGCGUGGAACACUAUUAAUAGAUUCGUAUAUUAUAUAGAGCCGUAUGUUGUCACUCCCUGUACAUACAUACCGAACUCCCCCUCUUUUAACCAAGAUUAAUCAAUUAACUGGCGUUUAUUAAUCGCGACCGCGAGUGUGCACGUUUCUUAAUCCCUUUGAAAAUAAACGAACUUCUUCGCUGGGUGUAUAUAAUCAAAUGCAAUCUCGCCGUAGUUCAAAUAGAGGGAGAAUGAAAGAGAACGAGGAAAGCUCUCACCUCAACCGAGAUGCCGUUUAUCGCAGAUUAUGUUCUCGAUGAUUUCGGUAUAAGGGAGUCUCUUGGGCAAAUCGGAGGAUCUCUGUAAUUUUAUAAGCGUGACGCUUCCUGACGCGCGUCCUUUCACCGAAUUCGACAGUGACCCGGGCAGAUCUAAUCGAUGGGGUUUUUCGAUUCGUUUUACUCGCGAAACACAGCUUCCUGAAUCGAUUCGACGCCAUUAGAAUCGAAAAUAUCCCGAUCACGAUAUCUUUGGUACAUAACGUAGGAUACUUUUGAUAACUAAGCAAUAGAAAAGGAGGAAGAAAGCACGUUUGGCGCUUAGAUACCGGGUGUUGGUCAACUUCGAGUGACGCUUUUGUUGUGCAAAAGAAGCGUGUCUCACACAAUAAUACUUUCGACAAUAGCCGGGUCAUUCAGUCGACAGUGUCUCUUUCUAGAGACGGUCAAAGAUCGAGGGCUGGGAAGCGUUAUGCUCGGGAUUAGUAUGCAAACGUUGUUUGUUCCGCUUCGUAGAUGACAAAAAUAAAAAGCCACAUUCUGUAGCAGCAGCAGCAGCAACAGUCGGAAGACGUAGUUUAACCUCGCAUGACGAGUCUCUCUCGCGAUACUCUUUUUCUGCACACGUAUCGGACUUUGUGCAAUCCACAAUAUGCAAACAUGCACGCAUACACGACACACACAUACACACACACACACACAAGCGAUGAUACGACCAACGGAUCACGAAUCACGUCGCGUGCGAAUCUAACGAGGAAGAGACAAAAAAAAAGAAAUGUAAUUUCCACAUCUAUAUAUACACAUAUAUAUUUAUUUUUUUGGUACUCUUUUUUGUAUAUAUCUUGUCUCGCCGUGUUAGAGAUUAGGCGGCGUUUAUUAGGGCACUGCGCGCGUGCGGGGGGGAACCGCGUUAUCAUAUGUAAGGUGAUGAAAUGGUGCGAAGGCUACUAAGAAGCGGCCGCGUUCCACGACGACCCUCCGUCCCUUCGUCUAAAAAGAAAAAAAACAUGUCAAUCGAUCCGCGAAGACGUGCGUUCAAUGUGGACAGGAGUCGCGUAUAGUGAAAAAAAGGAAACCUAUUAAGAUAAUAAGGAAUACGAGCAGUAGAGAGAGGGGAGGCAGGUAUAAGCGAUUAAACAUUGGCAGAGAGACGGAAUUUGUGUCGAUGUAUAGAGGCUAUACGUGGGAGAAACAACAGACAAAAUGAGCGACAAGUGAAACUGCGGUGCGAUAGAGCAGGGGGGGACCUCGACCACGACUCGUCGAAUGUGUCGCCUGCGGCAAAGGUUUCCGGGGAAGGGAAGGAGAUUGGCUAAAAGGACAACCACUAGGGGUAUAUAAUUGUACACAUAUAAAUUAGUUGAUAUAGAGCGAAUACAUUGAAUUUUUCUAUCCGUUACUAUCGCAAUAUUCUAAAUAGACACAAUUGACCUUUUUCUCUUACGCACUCGACAAAAGCUCGAAUCAAUGCGAAACGGAGAACGGAGAUCACACGAGGGAGAGAGAACGCGAGCUGGGAGGGAGCGAAGAACGCAAUGAGAAUUAGG